AUGUCUACUUGCGCGCCCACGCGGCUCGGGACGACGCUCACGUUCGCGGCGCGGGAGCCCCCAUCGCCGGAGCCGGAGGACAAGGGGCGAGACGUGCACCCGCAGCUGUGGCAGGCGUGCGCGGGCUCCAUGUGCGCCGUGCCGCCCGUCGGCGCCGCGGACUACUACUUCCCACAGGGCCACGCCGAGCAGGCCGGCGCCGCCGUGGACCUGCGCGUCGUCCCGCCGUUCGUGGCGUGCCGCGUCGCGGCCGUCAGGCUCAUGGCGGAGCCCGACACCGACGACAUCUACGCCAAGAUACGCCUCGUCCCGCUCCGCCCCUGGGAGCCGGUGACGGACGUGGGCGACGCCCUGCUGGGCGAGGGGAGCAGGGGCGGGGAUGGGGACGGCCAGCAGCGGCGGCGGCGGCGGCCCAGGCCGCUGUCUUUCGCCAAGACGCUGACGCAGUCCGACGUCAACACCGGCGGCGGCUUCACCGUGCCGCGGCUCUGCGCGCUGUCCAUCUUCCCGGAGCUGGACUACAGCUUCGACCCGCCCCUGCAGUUUAUCCCCGCCACGGACGUCCACGGCGUCGAGUGGACUUUCCGCCAUGUCUACCGGGGCAACCCGCCCCGUCACCUGAUCACCGCCGGCUGGAGCAACUUCGUCCACAACAAGAAGCUCCUGCCCGGCGACUCCGUCGUCUUUGUGCGCGAAGAGGACGGCAAGGUCCACAUAGGCCUGCGGCGCGCCAAGCGCGUGUUCUGCGGCGGCAAUGCGGGCAGGUCGGGCGCCGCCGUCGCGGGUCCAUCCGACGGCAAGGUCCCAGCGGAGGAUGUGGUCGAGGCGGCGAGGCUGGCCGCCGCAGGGCAGCCGUUCGAGGUGGUGCACUACCCGCGUGCGAGCGCGCCAGAGUUCUGCGUGCGUGCGGACGCCGUCAAGGAGUCCAUGCGGUCCCCCUGGUGCCCCGGCCUGCGGUUCAAGAUGGCGUUCGAGACGGAGGACCUGUCGCGGAUCAGCUGGUUCAUGGGCACCAUCGCCGGUGUCGAGCCGGCCGAUCCCGCACGGUGGCCGCUGUCGCCCUGGCGACUCCUUCAGGUGACCUGGGACGAGCCUGAGCUCCUGCAGAACGUGAAGCGCGUGUGCCCGUGGCGGGUCGAGCUGGUGUCGAGCAUGCCCAACCUGCCCUGGUUCUCGCCGCCGCCGCGCAAGAAGCCGCGCACCCCGGCGUACACGGAGACUCUCUCGGAGUCGGAGCGCCAGCAACUUUUCGACCCCGCCUUCCCGUUCCCGCCCACACCCCCACUCCCAUUCUUUUCGGAUCUCCACCUCAGCAAGUACCUGGAGCAAAGCCUGCUGUCCUAUGGCAUCCGCCCCGCCGAUCACCAAGCCCCUCCGGCGCCAAGGAUCGACACCGACUUGAAGAACGGCAGCCCAACGCCCCGCUCUCCAUCAACUGAGGCCAAGAAAGGCGACGACGUCAAGCCACCGGGGACGAUAAUGCUCUUCGGACGGGCGAUACUGACCGAGGAGCAGAUGAAAAGGAGCAACGGCUCUGGUGGUGUCCCGACCUCGCCGCGAGCCACCAGCAGCGGCGACGAGAAAGCGUCCAACACGUCUGAUCGCUCUCGCUCCGACGUCUCUCAUGGAAGUCCCGCCGCCAAGAAGAUUUCGCCCUCUUCCUGGAGAUUGUGGCGGUCUGGAGACAGUUCACCGUCUGAGUUUGCGCUGGAGCCCGGGCAGUGCAAGGUGUUUGUGGAGUCGGAGACUCUCGGCAGGAACCUUGACCUCUCGGCGCUGGGCUCACUCGAGGAGCUCUGCGCGCGCCUGUCCAGCAUGUUCGGCAUCAGCAACAACGCUGAACUGAGGAGCCACAUGGUCUACCGCACCAUAUCCGGCGAGGUGAAGCACAUCGGCGACGAGCCUUUCAGUGUGUUCGUGAAAUCCGCGCGGAGGAUCACCAUAUAUACUGACCGACGAGACGCUGGCAGCGACAACACUGGCAACCGAUGA